AUGGGUAAAGAAGAAUUAAUUGAUAUCAGUAUUAAUGCUGAUAUUGAUUCAAUUGGUGAAGAAAAAGUUAUUGAAGAAGAAAAACUUAGUAAAUGGCAGCAUUUUUUCUUAAUUAAAGGUGAACAUCCUCUUAAUGAACAUUUAUUUGAUAAUGAGCCUUAUGAUAUUGAUACAAUUUUAACAUUUGAAGAUGAUAAAAAAUUAGAUAAAUCAAAUGCAUCAAUUUGGCAAAAAAUUAUUGGAUUAAUUUGGGAUCCAAUUUAUGCACCACCAUCUGAAAGGAAAUAUAUUGCUAAAAUUGAUUUAUAUAUUCAUAUAUAUGCAAUUUUUGCAUGUUUUAUUAAAUAUUUGGAUCAAACAAAUAUUAAAAAUGCUUAUGUUUCUGGUAUGAAGGAAGAUUUAAACAUGUAUGGAUCAAAUGAUUAUAAUUUAUUAACAACAUUUUUCAAUAUUGGUUAUUUAUCAAGUUCAGUUCCAAUGUCAUUAUUAAUGAAAUAUAUUAGACCAAGUCUUAUUUUACCAUUUACUGAAGUUUCAUGGACUAUAAUUGUAAUGUCAAUGGCAGCAGCUAAAAAUAAAGAAACUUUAUUUGUUUUAAGAUUUUUCCAAGGUAUACUUGAAUCUAAUUCAUUCCCUGGCUUAGGGUCAAUAAUUGGGUGA